AUGGCGACGGCUUUCUUAGUGGUGAUGGCGGCAACGAUGGUAAAGGAUUUAAGCGCAGAGAGGUCUAGGGAUUUGGUGGUGGGUUUGAGGGAGAGGCCGUGGGUUAAUUUUGCAAUAGAAAAGAGAGUUAAAAGACUUGAGUUACACUUUUAUGAAAGUGGGGAAAUCAAGGAGCGUUACAAUUUUCCUGACACGGACCGAAUUACAAAUCACCUGCAUUCAUUGUCCCUUGGGUUUACUAGGUUCAACUCGCUGACCAAUCUCCUGCUCACAGACGUGAAGGUAACUGGACAAGCUCUUGAGGACUUCUUAACUAACUGCCCAUUUUUGGAGCAAUUGUCUAUGAAAAAAUCCGAAUGUCUGGUAAAUCUGAAAGUUCCAUAUCACUCACUCAAUUUGAAGCGCUUGGAGAUAAUUUACUGCUUCAACGUGGAAAGUACUGAAAUUUCAGCUAUGAAUCUAGUGUCAUUUAAGUAUUUUGGACCAAAAAUAAGCCAGCCAUUUAAGAUGGUCAAGCAGCUUGUUGAACUGUUUAUUGGGGGUGAGUACUGCAAUUAUCUAAUUAAUAACAACUUUUUCGAUAUUUCAAGCCAUCUUGCUCAGCUAGAGAGCCUUACGUUGCACAUGACCUCCAUUGAGUUGGAAUCAUACAAGCAAGAUCUGAAAAAAAUACGACGAAGUUUUGCGUCUCGGCCCCAUCAGUAUCUUAAGGUGGUGGAAUUAAUUGGGUUUGUUGGGCGUACAAAUGAUGUUGAGCUUGCUAUGUAUUUAAUCAAGAACACCGUCAUGUUUGAGAAGAUUACUUUUGAUUCUCGCAAACCGAAUCUAAUAGGAACUCCAUGGGAGUUCAGGGAGACCAAGGAGAAGAAAAUAGCAAGAAAGCGUGCUGAGAACUUCCGAACCAAACUUCUUGCUGGAGCAGCUUUAGUAAUCCUAUAA